UGGACGACCGCGCGCUUUCCUAGCGCUUUCGAUCUCACCGCAGUCUCAGCCACACAGCUGCCAGACACUCAUCUGUUCUUCCUCAUGGGCGCGGGCUCCAGCAAGCAGCCGGAGCUUACCGAAGCUGAGAAGCGGCGAAUUUACCAGAUGUCGAUCUACGCCGCCAUUCUUCUCGCCGCGGGCGCUUCCGCAGAGAGCCGCCGCCGCCGCCAUGCGCCUCCUCCGCCGCCGCCAAAGCAGAGCAGCAGCUUCUUUGGGUGGGGCUCCGGCUGAUGGCGGGCCGUGCCUGCCGUUUUGUGCACGCUGCUUCACCGGUUUUCUGCGACCAGCGUGAGGUGGCCAUCAAUAGUGUGCCAGUGAGCUCGCCCGGGCGCGUUGCCUGAGUUGUCCUGGUGGACAUGCCGUACGCUGUGACACUCUCGCUCCUCUCUGUCAACGUGCCGUUCCGGCAUUCCAUGCGCCGCUGCGCGCGCGCGGUGACCCCUUCCAGUGUCUGAGACUCGGCGGAGCCAGAGCUCUAGGGCGGCCUGGGUCCUCGGUAUCUGUCAAACUUGAUCCCUCUGACUCUGAUAAUAACACGCGCGCAGCCGAUUGCGGCAGCAGCCGCGCCGCCGCUCCACCUCCAGCGAAAACACACGCGCCGACGUGGAAAAGUCCCUGGAAAAGUCAAAAAACG